CUCGCACAAAGCCAGCCAGGCCCAGCCACUCGGUCAAUUUUAUUACAAGUGUUGAUAAAAAUAUUUAGUGUUAUAAGCGUGCUUGGAAUAAGAUAAUGACAGCGACCUUGACAAUUCCCUUAUAAACCACCCGCCAUUUUACGCAGAUUCUCAGCCCCUGAAACGAAUCUCAAAUCUCACUCCCUUUGUUUUCUUUUUUUUCAAGUUUGUGUGUGUGGGAAUGUGAUGUGAGUAAGCGCAUUGAGAAUAUGCCGGAGUUAGGUUUUCAGGAGCAGAGCUCAUCAGUGAGAUCGGCCAUCAGAACCCGUGAUGCUAGUCCUGACUCCGUGAUCUUCACGCUUGAGUCAAACUUCAGUCUCUUUUCUUCCGCGUCUGCCAGCGUCGAUCGCUGCUCUUUCGCCUCUGACGCUCACGACCACGACUCCAUUGCUUCUGAGAUCUCUCUGAAUCUAGUUGAUGAAUCUGAAGGUGGUAGUGGUAAUUUCGUGCAGCAUCUAGCAGGACAUGAUGUUGAACAGCAAGAGAGUUCGAGUGGUCCAGAUCCAGAUCCAAACAAAGCCACUUUACGCAUCAAAAACAAACAUAAAAAAGGAGAUAAAGCGAAAGUUCAAAAAGAAGAAAGCGACGGCGAUGUAGUUCUUGAUUCGGCCCGAAGCUCUUUCUCUCUGGCCCUCAAAGAGUGUCAGGACCGGAGAUCCAGAUCUGAAGCUUUGCCAAAGAAAUUAGACCGCCGACGACCUGCUUCCUUGGAUUUGAACAAUGUCACUGCAUCGUCACCUCGAUUGGGAACCAUCAAGAAGGUGUCUAUGACUUCCCGGAGGUCUGGUACGUUCCCUAGUCCUGGAACACCAAAUUAUCGGCACGCAAGUGUUGUAAUGCAGAAGGGUUGGAGCUCGGAGCGAGUGCCAUUGCAUACAAAUGCUGGCAGGAAACAUGCCAAUUCUGCAUUGUUGCCUUUCAGUAACGGAAGGACGUUGCCUUCCAAAUGGGAAGAUGCUGAAAGGUGGAUUUUCAGUCCGGUGUCUGGUGACGGUGUGAAUAGGACUUCGGUUCAACAGCCGCAGAGGAAACCCAAGUCAAAGAGUGGACCACUUGGACCCCCAGGAAUUGCAUAUUAUUCUUUGUACUCACCAACGGUGCAGAUGUUUGAUGGGGCCAGUGUAAGCAAUUUCACGGCUGGUUCUCCUUUCUCAGCUGGUGUUAUAGCAGCUGAUGGAUUGGCGAUCCGUCCCAGUGGCCAUGGUGGAGCCUUUAAUGUGCGGACAGAGCCUUGCAUGGCCCGUUCAGUUAGUGUGCAUGGUUGCUCUGAGACACCGAACCACUCAUCAUAUCCUGCCAAUGAAGAUGAAAAGGUUGAUGGUGUCAAGGAUGCAGCCACCAACGUGUCUCGUGCAGUUUCAAGAAGGGACAUGGCAACCCAGAUGAGCCCAGAGGGCAGCACAAACUCUUCUCCGAAUAUGGGACCUUCUUUGUCUGAAUCAACUUCUUCAAUCAUGCCUGUUGUAGAGUUGCAGAGUGCCCCUACUUCUAAAUUAGAAGUCCGGGAUGUACAGGUAGAUGAACGGGUCACCAUGACAAGAUGGUCCAAGAAACAUAAAGCCCGUUUCCCUGGGAAGGGCUCUGAAAUUGUUGAUAAUUGGAAAAAGAAAGAUGCAGAUGCUCGAUCUCCAGCUUGGGAUCUCUCUGAAACAGCAAAGAACAUCUCGAAAUGUGUGACCUCUGGGUCUCUUUUUUCCAGAGUUAAAAGGGAAGAAGCUAAAAUCACGGCAUGGGAGAACCUGCAGAAGGCAAAAGCUGAGGCAGCUAUACGGAAAUUAGAGAUGAAGCUGGAAAAGAAGAGAUCAUCUUCUAUGGAUAAAAUAAUGAACAAGUUAAGAUCAGCUCAGAAGAGAGCUCAAGAAAUGAGGAGCUCGGUGUUGGUCAACCAGGCUCAUCAAGUUACCAGAACUUCCCACAAAGCUGUGUCAUUUCGUAGAACCCGUCAAAUGGGUUCUUUGAGUGGAUGUUUUACCUGCCAUGCAUUCUUAUAAUCAAUCCAAUCUAUGUGGCUCCACUUGACCUAAGUUACAUAUCUUUCCAGGUUAAGUGAAAAGAACAUGAAAGACAGAAUGGUAUGGGGCAGUGAGCGCCUAGGAUUUGGACACUAAUUCAGUGUCAAUUGCAGUUUUUCGAGUCAUGAGGACCGGUACUUUCACACCAUUUCACAUAGUUGUAAGAUCCCAUUAAGUGAUUCUUGGGAUUAAGUGACAAAUAAUGCUUGUACUUAUGUAAAUCCAGAACUACAGAUUUCAUAAUGUUUCUUUUUUUCUUUUUUUU